AUGAAUGGUCAUACAGUACCAAGAAAACGACAACGCCAUGAUGUGCCCGCGAAGAUGAGGGCGCUACAAUACUCAGGACCCGAAAAGUUUGCAGUUGAAACUAUCGACGUUCCUGCCAUUGGCGAUGACGAUGUGCUUGUACAAAACACCGACAAUCACCAGACGGAAUUUAGUGAACUGACUGACGGAAGGUCAAAAUCUCGGCUUGUGGUGUAUGCGGAACGGACUUGCACUACCAGCGAGUUCCUGGCUAAGUGGCCAUUGAUACCUGGCCAUGAGGCAGCAGGCACCGUUGCUGCUAUUGGCAAAAACGUCAAGAACAUUGCCAUCGGCGAUCGUGUAGCAGCUGAUGCCUUACAACCAUGCCUCAACUGCUUUUACUGUACUCGCAGGAAGACUCAGCUCUGCGAGAACAUCAUCGGAUAUGGCGGUAAUGUCCCUGGUGGCAUGGCCGAGUAUUGCAGAUACCCAGCGAAAAUGGUGUUUCCCAUCGGCGAUCUUCCCGAUCUGGAAGCAGUUCUAAUUGAACCCGCUGCAUGCGCCGCGCAUGGUAUUGAACGGAUGCAGAUGGAGGUUGGAAGCAGAGUAUUGCUCUUCGGAUGUGGGCCAACUGGUAUACUGCUCGCUCAGUUGAUCAAGAUGAAUGGCGCUGCUCAUUUGACUAUCGCUUCAAAAGCUGGACCCAAGCUCGAUCUUACUCAGAAACUUGACAUCGCGGAUGCCUACGUCACUAUAUCCGAUGAGAACCCCAGCGCUGAUAUGGCCUCCCUCCAAACCAACAACCCUUACGGUUUCGACAUCGUGGUGGAAGCUACUGGCGCACCGACUGUCCUCGAAAAGGCUAUCGAGUACGUACGCAAAGGCGGCAAGCUCGUGGUGUACGGCGUUUAUGACGAGAGUGUUAAGAUUGCUUGGUCCCCAUUCCGUAUCUGGGAGAAUGAAAUCACGAUUUUAGCUAGCUUCUGUAGCAUGAGCCACAUACCACAUGUACUGGAGUAUGUGAAUGCUGGGAGACUGAAGUUGGGUGGCAUUGCGAACAAGACAUAUAAAAUUGAGCAAUGGGAGGAAUGUCUGGACGCGGUGAGGAAACAAGAGGUUGUCAAGGCUGCUAUUGUAUUUGACUGA